CAAAUAUCCCCACACCAAUACUUGUCUUUAAAUCACCAAAUUUAAAGGCAUAAAAUGGCCUCACAAAAUGCAUCUACUUUUGCUCUUCUCCUCACUCUAGCUCUCGUCUUCCAAGCUGCUUACGGAAAUAUUAUUGAGUGCGAGAAUUUGGAGAAGGAGUCGUGCGCGUACGCCGUGUCGGCGACGGGGAAGCGGUGCGUGCUGGAGAAGCACGUGCAGAGGGGUGGGGCAGAGACGUACGCGUGCACGGCGUCAGAGAUCUAUGUGUACAAACUGAAGAACUUUAUCGAGAGCGACGAAUGCAUCCAAGCGUGCGGCCUCGACCGAAGCGCGCUCGGCAUCUCGUCCGACUCUCUCCUCGACCCGCGCUUCGCCAAUCAGCUCUGCUCCAACCGCUGCUACGCCAACUGCCCCAACAUCGUCGAUCUUUACUUCAAUCUCGCCGCAGGAGAAGGAGUGUACCUGCCGAAGUUUUGUGAAGCGCGAGGAGCGAACGCGAGGCGACAAAUGGCGGAAAUAAGAAGCUCGGGAUAUGCGACUCCGGCAGCUGAAGGACCCUAUAACAACUAUGUUAGCUUUUUCGGCGAACCAGCACCGGCUCCUACUGCUUAAAUAAUUGGGAUAAAUUUCUUCCCAAAUGUUAUACGAGAGAGAAAUAAGGAUAUAUACCAUGCCAUAUUUGUAAUACUUAUACUAUACUACACAUGUUAUAUUGAAUUAUUAUACUAGUGUAGUGUGUUUUUUAUGUUUCGUCUAUUGUAUUUGAAUUACAUACUAUCAAUCUAUCAUACAUGAAUAAAAUAUCACCUUUACAACUUUUUCAGUUCAA